CUCGUCAAUUUCUCUACUGUAACGAAUCCGUUGUUGUGCUUCCCCGCGCGGUGUAAUGCCACUCAAAUUCUCACUGAAAGCUUAUUACACUCUCGACACUUCUGGCAAUACAGCUGCCCUAUAGUGAUGACAGAAAUGGCCAAUAUACCUUCUUCCGAUCUGAACGAUCCUGCCAUUAUGCACCCAGUUGAGGAGCUAUUCCUCGACAUCUCCAUUCACGAAGUACUUACCCAGACAAUGGUAACCUUUGUCGAGCCAUGGAAGACUACGUAUAUCGAUUCAAUUCGCGAGCAGCGCUAUGGCGAUGCCAUCUGGGCUCGUUACUGCAUAGAGGGAGGGGUCGAAAACGGUGUCAUCAUUGGUCAAGGCCCAAAUCCCGACAUCACCGUGCUUGAUCAAAUCAGGGAAGAUGCACUUGAGGCAAAGACGAAUGAACCAGAACUGUUUGCAGAGGCUUUAGAGCUCUACCGAAAUACUAGCAGUGCAGACGGGCACCCAGAAGUCCUCCAGAUCAUCUUUGACACCGAUAGGAUGGAGCAUCAAGACUGAAAGUGCAGAGACAAAAAUAGAGAGGAGAAGAUGAGGCGCUGGAGGUGAGCGGGGUAAGCCAGACUGGAGGCAAGAGUCGUCACUAGGAUGAUCUGUACGAACUUUUGGGGAGGCAAAUCACUGUAUACACGAUGGGCCAACUACAACUCAUAGCUUCAAAUACCUCUUGCUCUCUCCGCGUGGAGG